AUGUGCACUGGGAACUAUAUAUUUGUUCCUUAUAUGAUAACUCCACACAACAAGGUGUACUGCUGUGACAGCAGUUUCAUGAAGGGACUAACAGAACUGAUGCAGCCCAGUUUUGAGUCGCUGCUUGGGCCUAUAUGCUUACCUCUGGUGGAUCGAUUUAUUCAGCUCUUGAAAGUGGCACAGGCUAGUUCAAGCCAGUAUUUCCGGGAAUCCAUUCUGAACGACAUCAGGAAGGCCCGUACCCUCUACACGGGCAAAGAGCUUGCAGCAGAGCUGGCAAGGAUUCGACAGCGAGUGGAUAAUGUUGAAGUCUUGUCUGCUGACAUUGUAAUAAACUUGCUGCUGUCCUACAGAGACAUCCAGGAUUACGAUUCCAUUGUGAAACUGGUGAAAACUUUAGAAAAACUGCCUACUUUUGACUUGGCUUCCCACCACCAUGUGAGGCUUCAUUAUGCGUUUGCGCUGAGCAGGCGAAAUCUGCCUGGAGACAGACAGAAAGCUCUAGAAAUUAUGAUUCCCCUGGUAGAACAGGAUGACCAAGUAGCUUCAGAUAUGUACUGCCUGGUUGGUCGAAUUUACAAGGACAUGUUUUUAGAAUCUGGGUUCAUAGAUACAGAAAGCAGGGACAAGGGGACGUUCUGGUUCAAGAAGGCGUUUGAGUCAGAGCCAACAUUACAGUCAGGAAUUAAUUAUGCAGUACUCCUCCUGGCAGCUGGACAUUGCUUUGAUACUUCUUUUGAGCUGCGGAAAGUUGGAGUAAAGAUCAGCAGCCUGCUUGGUAAAAAGGGGAGCUUGGAGAAACUGCAGAGCUAUUGGGAAGUGGGAUCUUUCUUGGGGGCCAGUAUGUUGGCUAAUGACCAUAUAAGAGUGAUCCAGGCUUCAGAAAAGCUGUUUAAGCUAAAGGCACCAGCAUGGUACCUGAAGUCUAUUGUAGAGACGAUUCUGAUAUAUCAGCAUUUUAAGAAACUGACUGCAGAACAACACACGGCCAAACAGGAACUUGUGGACUUCUGGAUGGACUUCCUUGUUGAAGCCACAAAGACAGAUGUGUCUGUAGUUCGAUUUCCAGUUUUAAUAUUGGAACCAACAAAAAUCUAUCAGCCUUCAUAUCUCUCCAUCAACAGUGAAGCCGAGGAGAAGACUGUAUCUAUCUGGCAUGUGCUGCCUGAUGACAAGAAGGGUAUCCAUGAGUGGAAUUUCAGUGCUGCUUCUAUCAGGGGAGUAAGGAUUUAUCUAUACUUUGGCAUCCUGUAACUUUCCACUCUGGUGUUUGUUUGUAGUGUGAUUGGAAAAAAAAAAAAAAAAACAAAACCAAAAACCAGAAAUCUUACAUUUCUUUAAAAUAGUCAUUAGUCUGUUCUAAUAAGAACUGUUCCAUACACACAAAGCUGUCGCUAUGUCUGCAGUAUGUGUUUGCACAGAUGGAUGAUUCUUUCUGCUUCCAAAAAGUAACUUAAAAAAACCAAACUAUUGAUAGGCAAUCGAUUCAAUCCUGUGGGCUUCAGCUUAUUUUAGGCAAAAAUUGCAAUGAUACACUUAGUUCAGUCUGGUUUGGGUUUUGGUUACAGUAUGUUUUUGUGUGCUUCUAAAAAAGGAAAAAAAACCCUAUUUAUUUAUUGUCC